CACACCGAGGGCCAACCCCCGCCACGAGAACGCGCGCGGCGCAUUCCCGGGGCCGGGGUUCGGAGUGAGCAGGCGACAGACAAUGGGAUCCAGGGCAUCGAGCCUGCUCCGGGAGGAGGAGAUCGAGGAAAUCAAGAAGGAGACCGGCUUUUCUCACAGCCAGAUUACACGCCUUUAUAGCAGAUUCACCAGUCUGGAUAAGGGGGAGAAUGGCACACUUUGCCGUGAAGAUUUUCAACGGAUCCCAGAGCUGGCUAUUAACCCACUUGGAGACAGGAUAAUCAAUGCUUUCUUCCCUGAAAGUGAAGACCAGGUGAAUUUCCGGGGCUUUAUGCGGACUCUUGCUCAUUUCCGACCCAUCGAGGAGAGUGACAAAAACAAAGAUCCUCGUGUUCCUGAACCACUCAAUAGCAGGAACAACAAGCUGCUUUUUGCUUUCAGACUUUAUGAUCUUGACAAGGAUGACAAGAUUUCACGUGAAGAGCUCCUGCAGGUCCUUCGCAUGAUGGUGGGAGUCAACAUUUCUGACGAGCAAUUGGGCAGCAUCGCAGACAGAACUAUUCAAGAGGCAGACCAGGAUGGUGACCUUUCUAUCUCUUUCAAUGAAUUUCAGAAGGUGUUGGAGAAGGUUGACGUUGAGCAGAAGAUGAGCAUCCGAUUCCUUCACUGAAAUGCACACUUUGAGCGGGCGAGAUCUCCACACUCUGUCUGCCUCUGACUACAUCAACAUAUUAGCUGACUAUGUAGAGAAGUUUAUCAAUUGCACAGGAGCAUGCCAGUCAUUCCAUAGGUUCCCCAUUGCUCAGCAGUCGUGGAAGUCGUUAUUCCUUGCGAUUAGUUUUGAGUCCUACCAGAGAGCUGUGCUCUACAUUUCACCUGAUGAUCCCAGGUACCACUGAACAGCCACCCAUUGGACUGAGCAGACUAAUCGGCCUUGCUGGUGGGGCAGUGCUGCACAUUCAGGUGAUGGUACACAGAGAAAACCAGUCUUGCCUGAGGGGCUCCAUAGUUGUCACGGACUGUAUUGUUCUGGUGCUCCUUGAAAUGGACUGCUCCCCAAUCAAACUGCAAUAUUAUGGGGAUGUUGAAUCAAGUUAUUUUAAUUGAAUUUGUAGGUUUUUCUGAUUGGGGGUUGUUGAUUAUAGGGUAUUUAUUAAUUCAGUGUUGUAUGAAUUGUGGCUUUCAUGAUAUUUACUAUUACAAGUUCUUCAGUGCCAGUUGCAAUUUAUCUGUUCUACGUGUUAUGUUUUAGGCCCCAUUUCUCCAAACCUCUUCAAGGAGAAGAGUGAUUGUUUUUGAUUUUGAUGAUAAGACACUAUUUUCCCCAUGGUUUUUCUGUGGGACCAGGCUUUCUUGUGCACUCCUUGUGACACAAGGUUGCAAUUGAUUUUUACUUGGCAGUGCUAAAUUGCCUGAAACUUGCAGACCCAUUGGUGGUGAUGGUGUGGAGGGGUUAGGAUUGCAAUAUGUGCCUACAGGCAUCUGCUCAUGUUCAGGUUGGGAGACUGUGAUGUUAAUGUCACUGUUUACUAGUGAAUUUCCCUGCCUUUGCUUCCUGGCUAUCAAUCCUGAUGGGAAACUUGUAAAUCAAUGUUUUUAUUAUUGCUGUCAAUACAGAAAGGUUUCUCUAUUACCAUCUCUUUGUUAGUUAUCUGAUUUAUCAGUUAAAGAUGUUGGUUUGCUUCUAAUAUCAGUUCCUUUAUGUGACUAGAGAUUUCAAAUGAUGCUGUGAUGCCGUUGGGAAUUUCACUGAGAGCCCUUUAACAGACAACAUGGGAGUUUAAGACUUUUUUUCUAAACUUCAGUCUCGUUCCAGGUGAUGUGACUGGAAAGUGUCCUUGGUGCCUUUUCUAUAUGGACAGGCUCUAUAGCUGGUUUAUUGUAUUUGUAACCGCUCAUUCCUGCAGUAUUUAAAACUAGCUUUUGCUGUCAUUUCUACCGAGUUGUGGUAAUCCUAAUUGGUGAAGCUGUGCUCAGUGUUUAUUCAACAGUGUUUAUUCUUGUGAUUCACAUUCUAGCAUAUUGGAAGGAAGGGCCUAAACAAUUCCAGGAUUCUAGAGAUUAAAUCAGUCACUAUAAGUUUCAAAGAGAGAGAAGAACAGGACAUUGCUUCAGGAUAAGUGCUAAGCUAAUUCUCAAGCCCACCUGUGCCAGGAAGCACAGUGUAUGUAUGAGCCUGGGUUUUGAUGCAAAAUUGCAGGGUUCUGUCCAUAUUAAGUACAUCUUCAUGCCUAAGGGGGCUGAAGUGAGCUUGAAGGCUCUUUGGCGCUGUUAAAAGGCGCUGUUUCUGCGUGCCAUUUGAUUUUUUAAAAAUGCUACAUGUUUCCUUCAUGGAAUAUCACAACAGUUGCUAUCAGCUGAGUUCCUGUUAAAAAGUCCAAGGUUUUGGCUUGUGUGUCUUUAAUUGGGUAUCUUAGGGUGUCCAUUCUUUUCAAGACCACCAACGUGGCAUGGGAGAGCAAAGCAUACUUCAGCAAAGGCCUGAAGAUGGAGAGACUGUCCGAGUUGCCUCACUUGCAUCAUGUCUUCACCCUCCACCCCCUUUCCCCUCAGUAAAUGGGAUAACGCUGAGAAUUACCAAAGUUUUCCCACACAAAGACAGAACAGCCUUCAGUGCUGCUCUGAUUGAACUGAGCUGAAUGCAACACAAACUGUUGAAUGCCUGUAGCUGGCUCACUGAUACUGUAUUGAGUUUUAUUGUCCUUCCCUGAAUUGAGUUUUCACCUUCCCUAUGAGAAGAGUAUCUGUAUGUUUCAUAAAUAAAACAUGUAAUCAUCUUUGAUCCUUCA